AGUCAGGGCGAGGGCGGAAGUGGGCGUGCGGAGGCUGGAGGGUUCCAGAAGUGGCGCCAUGGUGGAUUACAGCGUCUGGGACCACAUCGAGGUGUCGGACGAUGAGGACGAGACUCACCCCAACAUCGACACGGCCAGCCUCUUUCGCUGGCGUCGGCAGGCCCGCGUGGAGAGGAUGGAGCAGUUCCAGAGGGAGAAGGAAGAGCUGGAGAGGGGCUGCCGGGAAUGCAAGCGGAAGGCAGCGGAAUGCCAGAAGAGGAUGGCGGAGCUGGAGGAGCCGAGUGCGGAGGGUGGCAGAGGGGAGCUGCAGAGGCUCCAGACUGAAGUGCAGCAGCUGAGAAGAGAAGAGAAGAGCUGGGAGAAGAAGCUGGAGGAGCUGCGCAAGAAGGAGAAGAACAUGCCCUGGAACGUCGACACCCUGAGCAAAGAUGGCUUCAGUAAGAGCGUUUUCAACGUCCGGCCCGAGGAGGGGGAGGAGUCGGAGGAACAGCGCGAGAGGAAGCACAAGACGUUCGUGGAGAAGUAUGAGAAACAGAUCAAACACUUCGGCAUGCUGCGGCGCUGGGACGACAGCCAGAAGUACCUGUCUGACAGCCCGCACCUGGUGUGUGAAGAGACGGCCAAUUACCUGGUCAUCUGGUGCAUUGACCUAGAGGUGGAAGAGAAACACGCCCUGAUGGAGCAGGUGGCCCACCAGACCAUCGUCAUGCAGUUCAUCCUGGAGCUGGCCAAGAGCCUGAAGGUGGAUCCGCGAGCUUGCUUCAGACAGUUCUUCACCAAAAUCAAGACGGCCGACCAGCAGUACAUGGAGGGGUUCACCGACGAGCUGGAGGCCUUCAAGGAGCGGGUGAGAGGCCGGGCCAAGGUGCGCAUCGAGAAAGCCAUGAAAGAGUACGAAGAUGAGGAGCGGCAGAAGCGGCUGGGCCCAGGCGGGCUGGAUCCCGUGGAGGUGUACGAGUCCCUCCCAUCUGAGCUGCAGAAAUGCUUUGAUGUGAAAGACGUUCAGAUGCUGCAGGAUGCAAUCAGCAAAAUGGAGCCUGCGGAAGCGAAGUACCACAUGCAGCGCUGCAUCGACUCUGGGCUCUGGGUGCCGAACGCUAAGAGUGCGGAGGGAGCGGAGAAGGGCGCAGAACAGGCGGAGGCCGUCUACGAGGAGGUCAAGAGGGAGAGCGGCGAGGAGGAGAAAGGAAACCCCUGAACUACUGCUGGAAACGCCUCAGACUCUGCCCUCCCCUCCCCUCACACCCCGUUGUCCCUCAGGCCGCCGCCUCUGCUUUACACACGUGGUGAUGUGUGAGCUGCUUGCCAGCCGGCUGUGUAGCCGGGGCCGCUUGGGGAGCGGCCGGGUGGCCCUGUGCUGGCCCUGGCAAGUCCCCGGGCGCCCAGAGGCCCUUGGCAUGGCCGUUAGGAGUCAGGGCUCGCUCUGGGGGGCCGGGCACUGGCAGGGGGGCAGAGGUGCCCUUGUAACCAGUCAGGCUGUGGCCCGAAUAAAGCGAUUGAAGCA